UGCUGGAAACCUCCACUGUAAUCGGUUGUGUGCUGUGCUCCCCCAAUUUACCAAUAUUAUCACCUUAAAAGUGGCAUCUCAAACAAAACACAAAUACGCAGCACUGCUAAAAAGACAAACAACGGGGUUAAAUCAAAAAAAAAAGAACACAAAAAAAGAGACCAACGGGACAGACUGGCGGUCAAUUGAAAAAAAUAGUACAAUGAAGUUUUAUUUUUGGAUCGGUUAGACUCUCGACAAGUAAAGAUAAUAAGUGCAGCGCAACUAAAAGAGCAGAAACACGCAUUUCAAAUUAUCACAGUAAAUUGAAGAUAUAUAUACGUUUAUAUAUUGACUCAGCCUCUGGACUUUGAACGAAGUGCUCACGUGAGAAAUGGCCAAGCUAAUCAUAAUUUGCCUUCUUUUAUGGAUUCUAAACGCAUGGGCUAUUCCCAUUAUUGACCCAGAUAGUAUAGACGAGUCCCUCACGUGUCCACCAUGUAAUAAUGACUUUCCCAUCUGCCACAAAGUGAUCGUGGAGGUGGACAGGGGGAAUGGAAUGCCCGGAAGCUGUUGCCCUCGCUACGAAUGCCUCGAUGAAGAACCUGUCUGCGACGGUUCCAAAAGGAGAUUCUAUAAGAACAAAUGCACUGUGUGCGAUCCUUGCGAACCGCUGGCCAUUCAAUGCAAGGAGAUAUGUCCAAUGGAAGAACCCGAACCCAUUUGCUUGACUGACAACAAUGAGUACAAAAGAAAUGGUGAUGAUUGGAUGGAAAACGACGGUUGUACUACAUGCACUUGCCUAGGUGGAUAUGUCUCCCGUAAGGCUGUUCAGUGCAAUCAUUUAUAUCCGUGCAGCAAUCCCAUUAAGGUCAAAGGACAAUGCUGUCUGAGAUGUCCGGAAGAACUCGUGAGUGACGACAUUUUUGACGACAGCACUCAAAAGUAUACAAAUUUAGAAACUUCAGCUUCAUAUUACCAUGAAAGUGAAUCCUCCAGUUCAGGGAGUAGCUCCACGGUGCCAACAGUUAAUUCUUAUUCCGUUCCAAGCCCAAGCGGUUCAACCAAUAGCCCAUCUACAUCAUCUGAAAUGGCCACACCCACUCCGAAUACAAGUGAAUUAUCCAGUUCCACAGAAAAUUCAAGUACAGAUUCCAGUUAUGAACAAGUUGGAGGUUUUGCCACUUCCGAGUCGCCGGAUCUCAAAACCGACUCAGGAGAACAAGAAACUACUAGUUCUGAUUCUCCCAUUGAGACUACCACAAAUUCAACCACAUCCGACGAUCUAGAAACUUCCUCAGUUUCAAGCACCUUAAUGGAACUUCCCACUUCAACAGAGGAUGGUAACACCAAUAUGGCUUUUGAUGCUGAUAAAAGAACAGCGAACAUCUUAGAUAAUGCAACUAACUUCUCACUGGUGACCGAUAAUCCCAUCACGAAUCAAACGGCUGUCGUAACCCCCGAGUCCACCAGUCAGAUUAAGGAUCUCAACAGUAUGGAGAUCCAGCAAAUAACAUAUCCCUAUGCAGAGGUGCCCCAGGAGCACAUCCAAACCGAUUGGCAUUGGAAUGUCAUUGCAUUUGCAGUUAUAAUGGUGUUAACUAUAUUAUUAGUGUUGAUAUGUCUUUAUGCCAUCGUAAAGAGAUAUUCGAUAGGCAAAAAAUACCAGGCCAUACCAUUAAAUCCAGUUCGAAAGUUAAAUGAAACUGAAAAAACAAAGGCGGAGCAGAAGUUGUGAUUCCUACACAGAGAAAAUUAUAUUUCCAGGUUGCCAUCUCAGUUCAUCAUUUCGUGUUUUCUCUGUGUGAAUUCCAUCAUCCUGCAGACUGAUUAUUGAUCUUAAAAAUUAUACCAAAAUAGUGGAAGAAGUCUGCAUGUUAAUACUACUUAGGAAAUGAAACUAUACUUUGUCGUCAGUCAAGAGAUAAGCACACAAUUUGAUCUUAAAACUAUGCUCAAAUCAAUAAAUAAAGCGAUUAGGUUUAGCAGUAGGAGUUAAGCAGUUAAGAAAUACAUUAUUAAUAAUAAUUGGAAAGUAUUAGUUUGAUUGUAAAUUAUAAUUACUGUACAACCAGAAUUAUUGCAUUAGAGUGAUUACAUAUCAAACGCUCGCACUCAUAUAAUUUUAAAUUAUUAUACCGAAAACUCAUCAACUACAUUCAUUCCAAAGCAUAUAAAAUAAAGAAAAAGAAACCAAAGCUAAACGAAAA